AUGGAACAAGCUCCAACUAAACAAUUAUUUGUCAGACCAAUCAGAAGCGACGUUCGCGAAGAAGAUUUAAUUGAGCAUUUCUCAGCAGCGGCACCAGUUGUUGAAGUUCGUCUUAUGGAAGGCUAUGCAUUUCUUACUUUUGAUAAUGAAAGUGAUGCUGGUGAAGCAUUAAGUAAAUUUGCUGGAACUGAUUUCAGAGAUGAACAAUUACAAGUUGAAUUUGCUAAGGAAAGAAAAGAAGAUACUAGAGGUAAAUAUAGAUUGAAAAUUACUGGAUUACCUGAAGGUACAGCAUGGCAAGAUGUUAAGGAUUUUGUUAGAGAUAAGACUGGUACUGAAGCGAACUUCGUUAGAGUUUUCAGAGAUUAUGAUUCUGGUGAUACUAUUUGUAGUUUGCAAUUUGAAACUGGUGAGGACUUAGAGAAGUCUAUUCCCUUGUUGGACAAAGCAAACUUUGGUGAGGCUACUAUUGGUGCUGAAGAAGAUACUUCUCCAUAUGUCCCACCACCAAGAAGAGGUGGGUUCAGAGGUGGUAGAGGUGGAUUUAGAGGUGGAAGAGGUGGUUUUGACAGAGGUGGAUAUGACCGUGGAUUCGGUGGUGGAUUCAGAGGUGGAAGAGGUGGAUAUGGAGACCGUGGUGGAUUCAGAGGUGGCAGAGGUGGAUAUGGUGAUAGAGGUGGAUUCAGAGGCGGUAGAGGUGGUUAUGGAGACAGAGAUGGAUUUAGAGGAGGAAGAGGUGGAUAUGGAGACAGAGAUGGAUUCAGAGGUGGUAGAGGUGGUUACGACCGUGGUGGAUAUGAUGACAGACAAGGAUCAUACAACAGAGAAAGAUCACCAAACAGAUUCUAA